UCUGUGUGUCUUGUGCCUCUUGCUAGCCAGUAGAGGAUUACAGGUAGCUGAUCAAUACGUCUUUCUACUUUGUAUCUGUGUCUCUGCAUUUCUAAGCAAGUUUCCAAAAUGGCUCUUCGUCUGGCUGCAACUAUUCCAAGGGCUAUCUUCAGAGCAACUCUUCCAUCAGUGACUAGACUGUGCAAACUCUCAGCUCUUGCUCAGGUCUUUAUCAAUAACAACUUUGUGGAUUCUGUGAGUGGAAAGACAUUUCCAACUAUCAAUCCAUCAACUGGUGAAAAGAUCUGUGAUGUAGCUGAAGGAGACAAAGCUGAUGUGGAUGUUGCUGUCMAAGCUGCCCAACAAGCUUUUCAGCUUGGAAGUCCUUGGAGAACUAUGGAUGCUUCAGACAGAGGAAGGCUCUUGUACAAACUUGCUGACCUGAUUGAGAGGGACAGGGCAUAUCUAGCUAGUCUAGAGUCUCUGGACAAUGGCAAGCCCUACARUGAUUCCUUCAAUGUUGAUUUAGACCUGGUUAUCAAGUGUUAUCGCUAUUAUGCAGGCUGGGCAGAUAAAGUGCAUGGCAAAACUAUUCCAUUAGAUGGGCCUUUUAUGUGCUACACUCGACAUGAACCAGUUGGAAUUGUUGGCCAAGUUAUUCCAUGGAAUUUCCCACUGUUAAUGCAGGCUUGGAAGCUUGGYCCAGCUCUUGCAUGUGGCAAUGUGGUAGUAAUGAAACCAGCRGAACAGACUCCACUCACUGCUUUGUAUGUGGCUUCUUUGAUUGCAGAGGCAGGUUUUCCAGCUGGUGUAGUAAACCUUGUCCCAGGGUAUGGUCCUACUGCUGGUGGUGCAAUUGCUGGUCACAUGGAUGUUGACAAGAUUGCGUUUACUGGAUCUACUGAGGUUGGGCACAUCAUUCAGAAAACAGCAGCUGAAAGCAAUUUGAAGAAUGUUACACUAGAGCUUGGUGGCAAGAGUCCAAACAUUGUCCUUGCUGACACUGAUGUUAACUUUGCUGUUGAGAUGAGUCAUUUUGCUUUGUUUUUCAACCAAGGACAAUGCUGUUGUGCUGGCAGCCGUACCUUUGUUGAAGAGUCUAUCUAUGAUGAGUUUGUGGAGAAGAGUGUGCAAAGAGCUCAGAAUCGUUCUGUGGGGAACCCUUUUGACUUGAAAAAUGAACAAGGACCACAGGUUGAUGAAGAGCAAUUCAACAAAAUCUUGAACCUGAUUGAAUCUGGAAAAAAUGAAGGAGCAAAACUAGAGGUUGGAGGUGGUAGAGCAGGUGACAAAGGGUACUUCAUCCAGCCAACCGUUUUCUCAGGUGUUGAAGAUCACAUGACAGUUGCCAGGGAAGAGAUUUUUGGGCCUGUGAUGCAGAUUUUCAAGUUCAAAGACAUGGAUGACAUUUUACAUAGAGCAAACAAAUCAAUUUAUGGUCUGGCAGGAUCUAUUAUGACCAACAACCUUGAGAAAGCUUUGAUGUUGUCAAAUGGUCUACGUGCUGGUACAAUAUGGGUGAAUUGCUAUGAUGCUCUUAGUGCUCAAGCACCAUUUGGUGGCUACAAAAUGUCUGGAAUUGGYAGAGAACUGGGUGAAUAUGGCUUGCAGCAGUACUCUGAAGUCAAAACAGUCACCAUAAAACUACCCCAGAAGAAUUCCUAAAUGUCAAAGAUGGACAAAACACAUACUUAUGCAUGCUUACAAUGUGUAGUAAAUGUAACCAUUCUCUAGUAAUAUUUACUAAUUGUAGUUGCUCUUAGAGCAAAAUUGCAAUUGAGUAAUUUUUCAUUGUCAGUGUAAAAUUUGUCAAUGAAACAAAAGAAAACAGUCUGGACUCUGCYAUUCGUUUGCAACUGAAAUGGCUGAUACUGUAAUCACACAGCCUACUGCCACCUCCAACUGUAGUCAAAAUAAUAAGUAAUAAUGUAUUAUUAGAUAGUAAUAUAGCAAUGAGGAUAAAGGUAAAGUAAACAAYAAGACAGUAUUUUUGUACAAUGGUGCAGUAUUUAGACAUCAACUUGUACAUGUACUUUGUAUUACAUGUAAUCACCUCCACACAAUUAAUAAAUUUCAAAAAAAUCACA